AUGAUCAAUUGUUUCGUCACUGGAGAUUGUUGCAAGCAGAUAGGCUUUGUUAAUUUAAUUUCCAUGUUAAACGUAAAUACAAAAUGCAGCACUAUGGAUUCAAUUUUACCCUGUCGAGUCCCAAUCGAGCAAGAGAAACUUAUGGUCGUCUGCGGUUCAUUCAAUGACUACAUACAAGCAUAA